UAUUGAAAAGGUGUAGAAGGGAAGGUGAAGAGUUAAAAAUUAAAAACAGGAGGAGCAGAAUGUGAUAAUAAGACUUUAAAUAAAUGGUGAGGUUGAAAUUAGGAGAGAAAAUGUAAAUACAAAAAAGGAAAACAUUUAUUAUGGGGAGGAAAUCAAGCCUAAUAUAGUAAAUAGAAUUGAAUAUGGGAUAUGAACCGUGUAUAAUACGCAAAAAGUUGUUAGUUUAGUGUUUGGCAAAGAAAAGAAGAAGAUCACCAUCGCGUGUGAGUCUGUGAGAUGGAGGGGAGAGAAGCAAAAGCAGAGGACUGGUGCUUCGUCUGCAAGGAUGGUGGAGAUUUGAUUCUCUGCAACAAUGGCAACUGCUCAAAGGUGUACCAUCUCGAUUGCCUGGGAUUCCAUUCCGAUUCCGAUUGCGAUGGCGAAACUGCCUUUCAAAUUGAAGAAGAUUGGACCUGCGAUUGCCAUUCUUGUUCUUCCUGUGAAGAAGCCUCCGAGGUCCACUGCUUCUGCUGUCCAACUUCUUUCUGCAAAAACUGUAUCGAAUCUGUAAAGUUUAUCCCCUUGCGACCCAAUAAGGGGCUCUGCACAGAGUGCUGGACCCUCGUUCGUCUUGCCGAGAAACUCUCUUUCUCCAAGAAAGCCGUGGAUUUCGAAGACAGAGAUACACACGAGUGCCUGUUCAAAGAGUAUUGGGAAAUUGUGAAAGAAGAAGAAGGGUUAACCAGAGGCGAUCUUGUGGCCGUUGAAGAAGCCUGUUCGUCGAAGAAAAGCCGAAAGAAAAUGACGGAUACCACCCCAACGCCGGUGGCCAAGACCUUACAAGACAGAGACACCAAGAAAUUCGUGGGCUGGGGAUCAAAACCUCUCAUUGAAUUUCUCACUUCCUUCGGCGUAGAUUCAACCAAGCAGCUAUCUCCAUCCGAAGUCAGUUCCAUCAUCUUGAAGUAUGUUCAAGAGAAUGACCUGAUCCACCCCAUAAAUAAGAAGAAAGUCAUCUGUGACGGGCCCCUGCAUCUCAUUUUCAAGAAGAAUACUGUAGCCAUGAAGCACAUUAAUCUUCUCUUGGGGCCGCAUCUUUUUCAUGCCAAUGAAGCCAAUAAUGGAAUAAUUAGCAAAAAGAGAUCACGUUUGGAACCGGAUCAACCACAAAUUAAUGGGGAUGUUGCUUUGAACAAGCACCACAGAACAUUGAGCGGCUCUGAGGACAAACCAACCUUUGCAUCACUAGUUCCCCAUAACAUCAAACUCGUCUACUUGACAAGGAGCUUAGUGGAGGAUCUUUUGAAACAGCUUGAAAGCUUCGAGGACAAGGUGGUGGGAAGUUUCGUUAUGGUCAUCGAUACAAAUUCCAGUCAACUUCAUUCUAAAGGGAAAAUUUCUCAACAGCUCUUGCAAGUAACAGCUGUAAGCACAGGUGGAACGGGGAUUGUGUUGCAUUUUUGUGGGUUGCCCAACAUUCAAAUUUCCAUGCUCUCUGAUUCUGACUUAACUGAGGAAGAUUGCAUGGAUCUUAAGGAAAGGAUAGCAAAGGGUCUACACCAGAGACCCACUGUUAAAGAGAUCGAAAAGAAGGCUCAGAUUCUUCAUGAAGAUAUCAGGAAGAACCGAAUGGUGAGAGAGCUAGACAAGUUGCAAAACCUCAUUGAUCGCGCAAAUGAGAAGGGUCGAAGAAAUGAGUUAUACCAACUUAUAGAGCAAAGACAAAGGCUGAAGAAUGAAGCAGAACAACCACUACCACUACUAAAACAACUUCCCGGUGUCAUCGCUGACAGUACCGAUGCCCCACUCAACUUCACACUCGUUAGGAUCAAAACAAAUUGAGUUCUUGUAAAGCACUUUGAAUCUCUUUCAUUUUGAUAUAUAUACCAAUAUGUAAUUUUAAUUUGUGUG